AGGAUAUAGAAGGACUACAUAAUUCAUUAAAAAUCAUAAUACCGCGCACACGCUUUGAAAGAUGAACAUAAUUAACUUUUACAUCCGUAUGAGUAGAAUAUUGCAUUUCUUACAGAUACUGCCGAAUCUUUUCUUUAUAUCGACCUGGGGUGCUUAAAAUUAGAAAGAAAUAAAUCGAAAAGCUCCUACCCUCUUAGCAACCAGUCUCACUUCUCCCAGGGAGCACCGAGUUUUCAGUCCUUAUCUCAUGACUGAUGGGUAGAUAAGCCUUGCCGAAUGCCCACGUGUGAAGUCAAACCUUGUUCCUCGCCAUACCUCCUGAAGGGCAAUACAUAUAUAAAAGCCCACACGCUCCAACAUAUUCAUUGUAAGACGAACAGUUCUUAGCGAGAGAAGUGAGAGCUCUCCUCUUAAAGGAUUGGAAUAUCAAAGUUUACCCUCCUUUCAGGCAACCGUUUUCUCUUCAUCUCGAGUAAAUUCACUUGCGUCAUUUGUUCCAGCAAAGUCUUCCAGGCAUUCGGAUAACCUACUUUCUCUUACUUCAGUAGAAGCGUCGGGCAUCAUCCAUCUCAGAAUGAUCCAGGAACUGUCCGUAUCUAGAAUGAUGCUGCCAAGGACUCAUUCUUUCCAAGAAGGCCGUCGUUCGAGAAGCGGAGCAGCAAAAAGUGGCAGCUGUUCUUCCCAGAGCGACCGAAGUGAAAGAAGCAACAACAGCAGCUUCACCAGUCAACAGAGCUACUGCAGGGAUGGAACAACAACAGCUCAUCACCACAGCAAUAACAACAACAAAAACAAAAGUGUCAACAAGAAAUCUCACAAGAAACAGGAUACAAUUGACAGCGAUUUCGUUACGUAUUUCAUCUGCCGUCGACCAUAAGCACUUAUGUCUACUAGAAUUGUCUCUCUCUCCUGUGUUGUGACUGUCUCGCUAAUUAUACCAUUUAUUACUUUAGAUAAUUUAUUACUAUCGUUAACUUAUUUUUUUUCACUAUUUUCAUAUGAAUAAAAAGUAAAAAUUA